GCCCAACCCGUUUGAAGUUUGAACCCAGCGACUAUUCCAAUUUCGAAUCGUUCUAAAUUCCGAGGUAAAUAUAUAAUUGCUGACACUCCUUCACGUUCAGUUACCUCUUGACCUUUUACUCGAAACCCUAAUUUCAAUUUUUCGCCAUGGGAAAGAAACGGAGCUCUUCUCAAAUCGAGAAGCUUCCCACCACCGCCCCUAAAGACGACCAGCCACCCACCCUGGCACCCACCCUGGCCCUGACCCUGUCCCUGAAAGACGAAAAACCGUUGUCUCAACAUCCUGAAGAAGACAAGGAUGAAGAAGAUUCAGCUUCUUCAUCUGAAGCAGAAGAGGAAGCAGAAGAGGAAGCAGAAGAGGAGGCAGAAGAGGAGGAGGAUGACGAAGAAGAUGAUUCACCUUCCAAAAUCACUACUCCAUCUGCCAAUCCCAAAACCGAAGACGAUUCUGACUCCGGAGAUGAAGAAACUGAUUCAGACUCUGAAGAAGAUCCAGCGCCCAAACUGAAAUCCCUCAACUCCUCAAAGCCUCUCCUUCCGAUCAAAUCGAAGGUCGAAGCAAAACCCUCUUCAGCACCGACCAGAUCUGGAACCAAACGUCCCGUCGACAACGAUCCCAAACAACCAAAGAAGAGGAAAAUUACCGUUCUUGCUGCUGCUGCUGAGAAAGCCCCUGAAGAGGAUAACAAAAAGUCAAAGUCCGGCGAUGAUUCUAAAAAGCUGUUUCAGAGAGUCUUCACCGAGGAUGAUGAAAUAGCUAUUAUGAAAGGUCUGUAUGAUUACAUUACAACAACAAGGAACGAUCCUUUCAAGUGGGUCUCGGCUUUUUACGAGUUUGUGAAAAAGUCGAUUCACUUUAAAGUUACACUGGAGCAGCUCAAAGACAAGAUGCGGAGGUUAAAGCUGAAAUACGAGACUAAAGUCAAGAGUGGAAAGACAUCUAAUUUCCCUAAAGAGAGCGACCGGGUAAUAUUUGAAUUCGGCCAAAAGAUUUGGGGUGGUAAACUCAAUUUGAAUGAAGCUGAAGAAAAGGGAAAACCUAAUGGGAAACUUUCCAAGAAAGAGCCUGCUGCUAAGAAACCAAGAACAACUACUAAGAAAUUGGUUUUGGAACCUGAUUCCCCGCUGGUUGUGAAGGAAACCAGGAUGGUGGAAAGAACUGAUAGGGAGAAUCCCGGUCCGAGUUUGGCUUUGAAUGAACUGUUUCGUUUUGACGAGAGCAUAAGUGCCUCGAGGAACCCCGUGGCUGCGAUGGAGAGAGGAAUGGAGUUCGCGGAGGAAUCAGAGAAGGAAGAGUUAAAGAGAAGGUGGGACAAGGUGCAAAUUGCUGAACUGGAGGUGUUUAAGAUGAAAGCUGAUUUGGCUGUGGAUCAGGCUAUAUCGAUACUGGAAGCAUUGAAGUCGUCUUCAAGUGAUUAGGUUUGUUGUUAUAGGCAGUGUUGGUUUUCUGGUCAUAAGUCAUAACUUUUGUCUCUGAUAUGUGUUCAGGUUUUUUUGCUAUGGUGCAGUGAUUUUUUAGUUUACAAUUAUGCUGUUUUAACUUAUUUACUUUUUGAAAUUAGUACUGUGGAUUUAGAUUUCGAUGGUUUAUCUAAUGAACACAACAUGCAAAUGCAAUGCACAUAUUGUGUUGUUGUGAAGUUUGUAUAAUCGGUAUAGUAUUAUGGAAAUCUUGUUGGAGACAUGAAA